ACGAUGUAAACAAGAAAAGACAGUCGAGGGCAACAGGGAUCAAAUAGGCCGGCGUCACCGCACAUGAGAGCCAUUUUAAUGCUCAUAAACUCCCGACAUGGGGCUGCCUGUCACGAUUAAAGUGAAUUUCAGGGGGAACGUGAAGAGAUUCCUGGCUCAGGAUCUGGAUAAACUGGAGUGGGAGUCAGUGGAAGCCUGGAUUAAAGCGUCUUUUGGGAUCAACCACUUUCAAGUGAAGUACUUCGAUGAGGACAAUGAGGAGAUCUGUAUAAACAGUCAAGAUGAAUAUGAAGAAGCCAUCAAGAGCGCAGAGAAGCAGGGGAACCAGUUGCACAUGAACGUGUACAAGAUGAAAGGUCAGGCCUGUGGAGGCCCUCCGAAGACGGAGGUGAAGGAGCUGAAGGGAGACCUGAGGCCUGCUCCUCCUUAUCCAUCGAGGGUCAAGACGGUGGAUAAGGGCACACAGGUCACCCCGGAGCGAGAAGCUGUCACAGUAAAGGACAACAAGGGGAACAAGCCAGAAGAUGAGCCACCUCCCAUGUGGUUUAGAUCCUACAUGGAGAAGUUCAAAGAUGAGGUGGUUAAAGAGGUGGUGGAGAGGAUGUGCAGUGACUUCUCUGGCCAGUGUUGCACCCACAAGUCACCUGACGUGCCCCUUGAGGCCAGCGUGGCGAGUGGGGCGAGUGGCGGUCCUAUAGGGCCGAGGCCGGGCCCCUCCACCUCGGCUGGGUCCCUCGGCUACACCCCCAACUGCAGCAGCUGCCACAAACUCACCUCUGAAGGGGCGUACAAGUGCAGUGUGUGUCCGUCCUGCAUCCUGUGUGAGAUGUGCAGACACAGCCAUGACCCCAGCCACAACCUCGUGAGAACCAAGACACCUCUCUCCAUCCCUGAGCAUGGAAUGUCGGGAGAGUUGAGGUUCCCAAGGCGAGGAGACAGGACAGUGCGAAAGGCCGAGCGACAGCGCCUCAAAGCUGAAAGGAGGCAGCUCAGAGAUGAAGUGAAGGAAAUCAAGAAGAAACUGAGACUGGAGAAGAGGGGGCUCCAGUGGAGCGGGCCCUCUACCUCAGGCAGAGCCAACCUGACAAACAUGGCGUCCGCCUCCACGCAGGCCCCGGCCCCCCCCCCUGCCGCCUCAGAAACAGCCUCAGGUCCAGCCCCAGCCCAAGGUCCCAUCCCCAACCCGGUCCCCGAUCCCCAGGCCUCCAGUCCAGAGGGUCCUGGGGUCUCGCACACGUCAUUGGUUCCCACUAUGGCCGCCUUGUUUCUGGAUGAAAAUCUGCCGGACGGCACCCGUCUGGAGCCUGGAACCAAGUUCAUCAAAUACUGGAAGAUGAGGAACUCGGGGACUAUCAGCUGGACCUCAGAGACUAAGCUAGUGUUCAUGUGGGGAAACCUCGGCCUGGCGUCAGAGGAGAGGAGGGAGGUGCCGGUCCCGUUGCUGCUGCCGGGACAAGUGGGCGUGGUCAGUGUGGCCUUUGUCGCCCCCGUGAUGGAGGGGACGUACACCUCCCACUGGCGGCUGGCGCACUGCGGCUGUCAGUUCGGCCCGCGCGUCUGGUGCAGCAUCGUGGUCGACCCCGGCGACGGCCGCGGCACACUGGGGCAUCAGAGCAAACGAGCGAAGGAGGAGGUGAAGGAGAAGGAGGUAAGGUCCCAGGACAGCGGCCCUGUACUGCCCGUAGACCUGAACCACGAGGACUACUACUUCCCCUCGGUCGACCUGCUGACUGCACAGGAUCUUCUGUCGUUUGAGUUGCUGGAUAUAAAUAUUGUGCAGGAGUUGGAGAAGGUUCCUAACAACACUCCUGAGGAUUUGACUCCCUGCAUAUCCCCUCUGCCCCAUGAUGCACCAGGGUUGGAGAAGGCCAUCAUUGCACAGAUGAAAGAAGACGCAGAGGUCACGGGGGUCAGAAAGCUUUUCGGAGUCAAACUGAGGCAGGAGAGGGAGCUUCUGGAGCCGGUGACCCAGGAGGAGGACCGGGAGGAGGAGAUCAGCGGAGCCCAGUUCCUCUGUGAGACGGUCAUCCGCUCCCUCACCUUAGAGGAGGCCCCCGAUCACAGACCCCCUCGCAGAGCCCAGCACAGCAGCCACAAACCACAGGUUGUCUCCCGAGGCACCAGCUUCUGCUUCGAGAGAGUCGUCGAGGCCGAGAAGACGGAGACGGUGCAAGAAGAAAGUGAGGAGAUCUGCGCCGUUAGACUUGAAACCUCAGCUCUGCCUCUCAACCAGAUCACCCAGGAAGAGGAGACGAGACCAGUUCUUCUGCUGGAACCAGCGGAGGAAAACCUGCAUAUCAGUUCACAUCAUGAUAUCGAGGAUGAAGAGGUCCUGGUCCUGGAGGACAUGCAGAACAUGAGGGAUAAUCAGGAGGAGAAAGAGGAGGGUGGAACCAAAGGAGAAGACUGGGAGGAGGUCAGCAGCCAGACCUCCUCUGUCUCCUCCUGCGACGAUUACAUCAUUGUCCUCCCAGACUGCUUCGACACCAGCCGUCCUCUGGGUGAGUCCAUGUACAGCUCCGCCAUGUCGCAGCCUGACGCUGAUGCAGCCGACGAUGUGACACCAGCCGACCCGGACGUAGAGCCGGAGGAGGAGGAAGAAGAAGAAGAGGAGGAGGAGGAGGAAGAGGAGGAGGAGGAAGAAGAAGAAGAAGACGAAGAAGAAGAAGAGGAGGAAGAGGAGGAGGAGUCCGACUCCGAGGUAGCACCGCUGAGAGAGAGGCAGCAGGAAGUCGUCGACACUGAAGAUUCCCUUGUGAACACGUGGCCUCCGGCUGUCCCGCCGAGCCACAGCAGCGUGAACCAGAUGCUGUGUGCCUCCCAGACGCUGGACGCCGUGACGCUCACACCUGAGGUGGUGCCGCCGCCGCCGGUGCUGCCUGACCUCGUGGCACCCCCACCGACCCUCUACUCACCCAGGUCUGAGGCACUGUACCUGGCCGAGGACCCCAGUCCUCCAGCAUGUGAUCCAUAUGAGCCACACCAACCGAGAGUCCACCUAAAUGUAUCAUCUGGUCUGUCUAGAUCAGCAGGCUCAGCUUCCAGUGCCUUUGAGACAUAUAACCCCAGACCCAGCAACGCUUUGCAGCCAAGGGGCCAAGGAGGCAUCACAGAGGGACUCGUCAAAGGGGCCCUUUCUGUGGCAGCGUCCGCUUAUAAAGCUCUCUUCACUGGACCAAACUGCUCAAUACAGCGAGGCAUCGACCCGGCCACCAGGCAGGACCCGUCCCUGAUGGCGAUGCUUCUAGAGAUGGGCUUCAGAGACCAGCGUCUCAACCAGCAGCUGCUGAGGAAGCACGGCUACAGCCUUCUGCACACCGUCAACGAGCUGGUGCAGAUGGCGGAGGACGGCCAGAACAAAGCCGCCAACACUCGGCACUAAAAAAAGGAUUUGAACAUAAUGUAAAGAGAAUAUCUAGAUUAGAAAAACCUGCGUAUCUCUCACCCUUUUCAAGUAUUUAGCUUUAUUUUGACUUAUGUAAAGAAGAGAUAAAUCAUGAUUGGGGCAAUUGAUUGAUUUUACCAAAGGGUGGUUACUUGAUUUGGACCAAGAGUAACAGUAAUAAGACAGAGAUGUCGCUAAACGUGGAACAAAAAAUGAAAAAAACGUAUAGCUCAAACAGAGAAAUGAUUGGAUGAAUGGCUUCUCCUGCCUUUGCCUUUUUAAUUUAGCUUCGACAUUUUGACAAAUAACCAUAUACACACUUGUAAGUUAUUACGACAUGUUUACCCGGGGGCCACAGAGCCCUUUGCGUUGGUCAAAGGUAAUCACAACAGGACUAAAAGUGUGUUUUUUCAGCUCUUCAUCUUAGUGUUCGUAUGGCUGUUGUAGCUGCUUCCCCCUCUGCGCUGGAAAAAAAGAAUUCCUUUGACAGGGCUUGGCUAGAUUCCUUCUCACAAAUAGAGCAAUGAAAUAUUAAUAUUGUUGAAUGUCAUUAAAAGAAAUAGAAACGUUCUGAAGCUGCGUGGGUGUUCUGGAGGGUGUUAAGGGUCAGCUGUGCAGUAGUGAGGAACCACAAAUAUUUAAGACUUUUCUCGAUUAUAUAUUGUAGUGAAAUCUGCCUAAACAAUGCAAUCUUUUUUCUGUAUCAGAGUACUGUUAUUUUAGACGUUGACAUGUGGAAUGUAUAACAAAAAAAACUGUCCGAGCGGAUCGCAGCUUUUUCGGACUCGGGGGAUGUUUUUCUACUGCUUUUUAGGGAGACACCUGCAUGACAGGUAGAAGGCUUUAGAGAUGAGUCGUGUCCUCGUGGUCUUAGCACAGUCACGGUAGAAAAAUGUCUGCUUGGCGUCAUAGUUCAACCUCCCCUCCCCCCUCUCUGCCUGCAUCUACACGCCUCCUUAUCCAACCGAAACAGUCAUUUAACACUAAUCCAAGCCGAGAUCUCACUAACUACACAUUCCUCACUCUCAUAGUGAAACCAAGUUUGUUCUAUUUUCAAUACAUUGCCUUUAUGAUCAUUAGUUUACCAAAAUAUACAUGUGGUGAUUUGACAUUUGUGGUGUGAGUGUGCAGAUCUAAGUUAAUGUCUAGUUAUUUUAAUUGAAUUAUUUCUCCUGUGUGUGUGUGUUGGUGUGGUUGAGGAUUAUUUGUAACCAUAUUUUCUUCUGUUGAUUGUUCAUCCUUUUAAGGAGUCAUGCUCUAGAGAAUAAUUCUGAAUAUAUCUUACUAUGCUUGUCAAAUUAUUCCUCUGUCACAGAGUGUAUACAUUCAAUUCCCUUCUACUGUCAAUCCGCCAAUAAACUAUUUGC